AACAGUGCGUGCGACACGGGGAUGAGGCUGGAGGAGGUGGAGUAGAGGAAGCCCCAACGAGGACUGGCAGGGGAGGAUUAAGUCUUUCGUGUCGCCGUGCUUGUUCCUUGCACGACGGAGGUGACCGGGGAGCCAUUGUUCGUGUUUUAAUUUGAGAUGAGCGCGCCCUGAAUCCGAUAAAGCAAGGAGAACUAUUCUUGCAAAAAAGUUGUUGUCGGGCUUCGCUGUGUCGUCGCGGCGGCGGUAGAAUUAUUUCAUUAAAACAGCUCCGCAGAUGGGUCAGGGUCUCUGGAGGGUGGCGCGGAACCAGCAGCUGCAGCAGGAAUACGGCGACCAGUGCUACCUCCCCCGGGAGAGGGGGGGCAGGAGGAUGGCGGACAACCUCAACAACCCCCGCCGGCACUGCCCGGGCCAGGGCGGCACCGACAUCUACCAGCUGCUCCGCGCCCGCAAGGGCAAGGAGGAGCGGGGCUUCAUCGACCUCGAAAUGCUGCCCCCCGAGCUCGGCAUCACCAUCCUGUCCUACCUGAACGCCACCGACCUGUGCCUGGCCUCCUGCGUGUGGCAGGAGCUGGGCAACGACGAGUACCUCUGGCAGGGGUUGUGCAAAUCCACUUGGGGUCACUGUUCCAUAUACAACAGGAGACUUCCCCCUGGGUUCUCCUAUAGGAAGCUCUACAUGCAGCUCGAUGAAGGGAGUCUGACUUUCAACGCUAACCCACAGGAGGGGAUGGGCUACUUCAUGUCCAAGGGCAUCCUGGUGGACCAUCCAAAGGAAGUGGCCAAGUUUAUAUUCUACACAAGAACACUGAAUUGGAAGAUGCUGAGGAUUUACCUGGACGAAAGGAGGGACGUCCUGGACGAGCUGGUCACGCUGCACAACUUCAGUAACCAGUUCCUACCCAACGCCCUGCGGGACUUCUUCAGGCACAUCCACGCCCCCGAGGAGCGCGGCGAGUACCUGGAGACCCUCAUCACCAAGUUCUCCCACCGCUUCUGCGCCUGCAACCCCACGCUGGUGCGGGAGAUGGGGCUCAGUCCAGAUGCUGUGUACGUGCUGUGCUACUCCCUCAUCCUGCUCUCCAUCGACCUCACCAGCCCGCACGUGAAAAACAAAAUGUCCAAGAGGGAGUUCAUCCGCAACACCCGCCGCGCCGCCCAGAACAUCAGCGAGGACUUCGUGGGCCACCUCUACGACAACAUUUACCUGAUCGGCCACGUAGCGGCUUAGCAGGGGGGGGGAGGGGCCAGGGCCUCUUGCACUCAACCCAACUACGUAAUAUCAGCGACUGAAUGAUUCUGCUCACGAGCGAGGCGUUGGAACGCUACCAACCAUCCUAACCGAAGUCACACAAGUGAUCACGUUGCCACGGCGCCCGUGGUCUCCCCACCACACGGCGCUCGGCCUACCUGUUGGAUAUACCUGUGCAUGUUACAUCAGAGCAUCAGGUUGGAUUCACGUAGUACAGUCCAUAUCCACAAAAGGUUAGCGCAUAAAACAACUGAUCACUUUGUAUUUACUACUCAAAACCUUAGCUACAUACAGACCAAUACCGAAACAUAUGCUAUAAAAUCAGUUAGAAAAGAAUAUUACCACAAGCGAUAUUAUCAUAUAUGGGGCAUAUAUGCUUUUCUAUUGGGAACACUACAUUGAUUUCUGCUUAUGGAUAUUCUCUAUAGCUUAUUUUCACAGAUCUUUAUGGUUUGGUUUGUCAUUAAUUUUAAGAUAGCACAUUAAAACCGCUGAUUCUUAGCAAAGAGGAAAGUUUAGUUGGUCAAUGAAGACUUAUGUUUGUUUACCUUUGGUUCCCUUACCCCCGUUUGUGAUGAAGAACUCGCUGCCCCUUACAGAAGAAGCACUUAACUCCUCACCUGGUAAAAUAUUGAAUGUGUUCUUUCCCAUCAUCCUUUGCAGACCAGGUUACGUUUGUGAGUGUUUGUAUGUGUGGAUUUUUUUCGAGAUGGUGGACUAACAACCCUAGCAUCUUUGAAGCAGUUUUUCCAAGUCCAUACUCUUCUGCUGUGACUUGACGACAAUCCAUAAUGCUUCCGUUUCCACCUCUCUCUCUGUCUCUCUCUCUGUCUCACCCCCUCCCUCUCUCCCCCCUCCUUCUCCCUGUCUCUCUCCAUAUCUCCCUCCAUCCCUCUCCCUCAGUGCACUUACACAGUGGCUUGAUUCUAUAAGCUGCGGGGGAAAAAAAGACCACUCUGUGCUAACAGCAUCAUGGACACUUCUCUACUUCUACUACUGUUCUGUAGGCCGUUUGGCAAACAGGAUUCUGGGUGAUGUGUUUGUAAUUAAACAAACCUGGGGACACAUUAAAAAAAAUGUGCACAUUUCUACCAUGUUAGUUAGCUGUUGCAUGUCUGACUCUUCACCUCCACUUGUGGAUCUGUCUUUGUCUAUGUUCUUCUGUGUUGCACAGUAACGUGCCAAUAAGUCAAAUAACAAAAGGAGAAAACUGACAGGAAAUGGAUAAUAUUGGCUCGCAAUUAAUUAAUUAAACCCAUUUUAUUUGCACAUCAUGUAUAUAUUUAAGUAUAGAAAUUUAUAAAUGUAUAAUUUUAUUUUGAGGUAUUUUAUCUAAAAGAUGUUUUCUCUAUAAAUUGAGUGAAAUGUUUCUUUUUGCACUUCUAUGACAUUUGUUACCAGGAUACAAUUAUUUGA